GCUCACCGGAUCGCUUCGUUUUUUCAGGCACUGUUUCGUAUGAGCACGACUCGGCUAUUUUAAAGAUGUGGACAGGACUGGGAAAGCUGUUGCUUUUGCAUUUGUUACUGAUGGAGCUUUAUGUCGCUAAAGGGACUAACACAGAGUGUGAAACCGGUCAAUUUCAGUGUAAAAACGGAAGAUGCAUCCCCACUCCUUGGAGAUGUGACGAUGACGACGAUUGCUCUGAUAACAGUGAUGAAGAAAACUGUCCGAAGAAGACGUGCGCGACGACUGACUUUGCGUGCAAGAACGGCCAGUGUGUUCCGGCUCGCUGGAGGUGUGAUGGGGAGCCCGAGUGUCCAGAUGGGUCCGAUGAAGCAGACGCCACUUGCAGUCGCCAGACGUGCCCGCCGGAGAAGUUUGACUGCGGGGGCGCCACCAAUAAGUGCGUGUCCCUGUCGUGGCGCUGCGACGGCGAGCGGGACUGCGAGAACGGCGCCGACGAGGAGCAGUGCGCUGCAGGUGGGUCUCCGAGCCGAGACAAACCAGGACAGGAGGCUGGAUGGGACGCUAAAGCCUGCCCGGCCAAAGAGUUCCAGUGCCGCAACAGGAAGUGCGUGGCGCCCAACUUCGUGUGCGACGGCGACGACGACUGCGGCGACGGCAGCGACGAGGAGUCGUGCGCCGGCACGGCGGCCGGAGGCGGCCCGGCGCCGCGCACCUGCGGCCCGCACGAGUUCCGCUGCGACGACGGCGAGUGCGUGCCCAUGCUGUGGAGCUGCGACGGCGACCCCGACUGCGGCGACAAGUCGGACGAGUCGCCCGAGCGCUGCAGCCGCCGCACCGAGCCGCAGAAGCCGCGCUGCCCCGCCAACGAGUUCCAGUGCGCCAGCGGCGAGUGCGUGCACCUGAGCUGGAGGUGCGACGGCGACGCCGACUGCAAGGACAAGUCCGACGAGGCCAACUGCGCCCUGCUGACCUGCCGACCGGACGAGUUCCAGUGCGGGGACGGCUCCUGCAUCCACGGGACGAAGCAGUGCAACCGCGUCCACGACUGCCCGGAUUACAGCGACGAGGCCGGCUGCGUCAACGCCACCAAGUGUGAAGGGCCGCACAAGUUCCUGUGCAAGACGGGCGAGUGCAUCGACAGCAGCAAGGUGUGCGACUCGGUCAAGGACUGCAAGGACUGGUCGGAUGAGCCCAUGAAGGAGUGUGGCCUGAACGAAUGCGAGGACAACAACGGCGGCUGCUCCCACAUAUGCAGGGACAGGCGUGUGGGCUACGAGUGCGACUGCCCCGCCGGCUACAAGCUGAUGGACAAGAAGACGUGUGGAGACAUAGAUGAAUGUGAGAACCCGGACGCCUGCAGCCAGAUCUGCAUCAACUACAAAGGCGACUUCAAGUGCGAGUGCUACGAGGGUUACGAGAUGGACCCCGUAACCAAGACCUGCAAAGCCGUCGGCAAGAGCCCGUACCUGCUGUUUACCAAUCGGCAUGAGAUCCGCCGCAUUGACCUGAUCAAGAAAGACUACACGCAGGUGGUACCCACCCUGAAGAACGCUGUGGCCUUGGACGUGGACGUGACCACCAACAAGAUGUACUGGUGUGACCUCUUCCACCGCAAGAUCUACAGUGCAUACAUCAACAAGGCCAGCGAUGCCUCACAGCAGGUGACGCUGAUAGACACGGCCCUGCACUCCCCCGAGGGCCUGGCGGUGGACUGGGCCCACAAGAACAUCUACUGGACCGACUCCGGAGACAAGACCAUCUCCGUGGCCACGGCCGACGGCAAGAAGAGGAGGGUGCUGAUCAACACGGACCUGAACGAGCCGCGGGCCAUCGUGGUGGACCCAAGACAGGGGUUCAUGUACUGGUCAGACUGGGGAGCCAGUGCCAAGAUUGAGAAGGCCGGCAUGAACGGAGUGGACCGGCAGGUUCUGGUCUCGGAGAGAAUCGAGUGGCCCAACGGAAUAACUCUCGACUUGUCCAGCAGGCGGCUGUACUGGGUGGACUCCAAGCUGCACCUCAUCUCCAGCGUGGACUUCAAUGGCAAUAACAGGCGCGUGCUCAUCUCCUCCAUGGACCACCUGGGACAUCCCUUCGCCCUCACUGUGUUUGAGGACCGCGUGUACUGGACGGACCUGGAGGACGAGGCCAUCUACAGCGCCAACCGGCACACGGGACACGAUGUGGCCACACUGGCCCAGCACCUCAACAACCCACUGGACGUGGUGGUCUUCCAUGAGCUCCGACAGCCCAAAGUGCCAGACAGCUGUAACAUGGGCAGCCUGCCAAACGGAGGCUGUGAGUACCUGUGUCUGAAGGCGCCUCAGAUCACCGAUCACUCGCCCAAGUACACCUGCGCCUGCCCCAACAGCAUGGAGCUGGGACCCGACAUGCGCCGCUGUGUGACAGUGGUCAGACCCAAAACCACAACAGCAGCUCCAACGACCACAACCACUACAACCCAGCCAACAACGAGCACCACCACCCCGACAACAACAACAGCCCCCUCCACCACCACAACCACGCCGUCCACCACAUACAUCACGUACACCUCCUCUUCCUCCUCCACCACCAUCAGCACCACCACCACCAGAUCCACGACAGCCUCCACAACAGCCCCGCCACCGGUGCACCACAGCCCUGCCUCCACCACCUCCACCCCCAGUGCCAGGACCCAGGCCUCCUCGACCACCACCAUCAGCACCACCUCCAGCAGUACCAGCAGCAACAAUGUUCAGAGGGUGAAUGCCAACUUGUCACACCGGGCUGGGAGCGAGCACUACCUUUUAGGCAACAACAUAACUGUGGCGGUUUUGGGUAUCGUCAUUCCCAUAGUUCCUAUCCUUGCCACAGUGGUCAUCGGCCUGCUCUGCACCGGCGGCUACCUGGUCUGGCGCAACUGGCGGCGGAAGAACACCAAGAGCAUGAACUUCGACAACCCCGUCUACCGCAAGACCACCGAGGACGACGACGACGAGAUCCACAUCGGCCGGACCGAGCAGAUCGGACACGUCUACCCCGCAGUGAGUGGCGGCGCCCGACAGCCCUUCCUGGCCCUGCCGCUGGGUGGUGGCGGCGGUGGCACCGGCGUGCCCGACCCGGCGGCGCACUGGUACUCGGGCGCGCCCAUGCUCUCCAGCGCCAAGUGA